UAUAACACUCUGUGGCCAUCCAGAAAGUGUGUCAGAGGACUGUGUUUGCUCCCAAAGUAGAUGACUGCUCACAUUCUGGUCUCUGUAUUACUGACUGCGAGAUACGAGAAAUUUUUAUUUCGUACAUCAUCCCAAGCCAGGACAAGGUUUUUCGAUUGUGGGAUAGAAUGCCGGCGAUCAUAAGUAAAAACUCCGAUUUGGAGUUUGACUCCUUACAACCGUGUUUCUAUCCGGAUGAGGACUUCUACUUCUGCGGUCCCGACUCUGCGCCACCGGGGGAGGACAUCUGGAAGAAAUUCGAGUUGCUGCCCACUCCGCCCCUCUCUCCAAGCCGCGCCGCGCUACCGGGAGAGCCGGCAACUGCCUCGCCGGAAGCAGACCCCCUUGGCUUCGGGUUAGGGGACCCACUGGACUGGGCUUCCGAGCUGCUGCUCCUGCCUGGGGACGAUAUAUGGGGAGCAUCCGACGAUCUGUUCGGCUCCGCUUUGGAUUCUAAUCCCAAUAGCAUCAUCAUCCAGGACUGUAUGUGGAGUGGCUUUUCUGCCAGGGAAAAGCUGGAACGGGUGGUUACGGAGAAACUCGGCAAAGCUAUUUCCACGGCGACCGCAGGCAGUAGGAGCGUGUGCGUCAAGGCGCAGGAGGUGGUGAGCCGCAACUCGAUGUCAGAGUGUGUGGACCCCACAGUAGUGUUCCCCUUCCCGAUCAACAAGAAAAACAGCACCAGGGACUCAUCUGGGACCAUUAUUACAUCCACGGUCCACGGGAGCGCGCCUAGUGACUCCGAAGAGGAAGACGAAGAUGACGAAGAGGAAGAGGAAGAAGAAGAAGAAGAAGAGGAAGAUGACGAAGAAGAAGAGGAGGAGGAAGAAGAAGAAGAAGAGGAGGAGAUUGAUGUAGUCACAGUAGAGAAGAGGCGCUCUACAAUCACCAAGGCAUCACCCAUGGCGUCAGGCACUGUCACCAUCUCUGUACACCCCAAAAGUCAAGAUGCAAAAGGAAUUGUCUCAGGGUCCGGAUCCGGUGUGGUGAGUCGAUUCGUCAGCCGGGCUCCUCAGGAGCUCAUCUUGAAGAGAAGUUCAGUCCACCAGCAGCAACAUAACUACGCAGCCCCCUCACCCUAUGCUUCAGACGAUGACCCAACCCCGCCUCCAAAGAAGCAAAAGGUGUCCGAUGCCCCGCGCCUUCCUUCCAGAACCAUCUCUUCAUCCUCCUCAUCUUCCUCCUCAUCCUGCAGCUCAGUCACCAGCACAUCAGGGGUGCGCAGCAAGCGCAGCUCCAGCGGGGACAGCAGCCCGAGAGGCAGCUCCGACUCAGAGGACAGCGAGCGCCGACGCAACCACAACAUCCUGGAGCGCCAGCGCCGCAACGACCUGCGAUCCAGCUUCCUGACGCUGCGCGACCACGUGCCGGAGCUGGCGCACAACGAGAAGGCGGCGAAGGUGCUCAUCCUUAAGAAGGCCACCGAAUAUGUGAACUCGCUAGAGACGGAAGAGAUGAGGCUCCAGCAGGAGAAAGAAAGGCUCCAGGUCCGGAGGCAACAGCUGAUGCGCCGGCUGGAGCAGGCAAGGACUCGCUAACAGACAACUGCUACAACACAAACACUCACAAUAUACCCUGGACGACCCCCCCACCCCCACCCCUCUGCAUCAACUCAAGUCUGAUACACAAGAAGAUACACGCAGAGGCCUCCAUAUCUGUUGCACACGUGCACACACCAACACAACAUCUCAGAGGAUGUUUAUCUUCAGAUGUCAACACACACCUUGGAGGGGCGGGGUGCCGGGGGCGGGGGGAUGCUCGGACUUUCACUGCCGCCACUUUUUUUGCACAUUUGUUGACGUUAAGAAUGUUUAGGGUUUACUUUUUCAAUCCAGUCACAUUAAAGAAAGAUUAAAAACGCACGCGCACACACACACACACAC